UUUUUCUUUUUUCUUGUUUACAUUUGAUUAUUUUCUCUUUGUGACAAUUACAAUUAAUUUCUUUUCAAAUUAAUUUAGUCGAAUUUAGUUAAUUGUCAUCAUCAUCAUCUUCUCAUUUCCAACAACGGUAACAAUUUCAAAUCGUUUCAUCAUCAAAGUGAUCAACUCAUUUGUUUACAUUUUGUUUCUCUGUGAUUUUUUUGUUGACAUAAAUCAUGAGAAGAGAAAUUAAAUUGUCUCUGAUAUUUAUUCAAUUAGCGAUUGGAUCUGUGAUUUUAUGUGACUUAAUUAAUCAUGUUGAAGCUUCUAUUAGUGAUCACUAUGAUUUGAAGACCAAAAUGAAGGAUCGUAGUACCAAGUUGUCCGGUAAAGAGUUUGAAGAGACCAACGUACAGAAACUCUGGGAUCUCGCCUUGAAUGCGGACUUUUCCCGAGAAGAAAUUGAAUCAGUUAGAGAUGAAUUAACUCACUAUGAGAAUCGGAUUAAAAAACUACGAUUUUUUGAAGAGCAAUUGAAUGCUGAACGUUUCGUCGACAAAGAGACCGUUAACAUUUCCGAAGAUGAUGCUAAAUUGUCGGAACAUAUCAAGAGAAAAGUGAAAGAACUCAAUUACAAAGUGGAUAAAGUUCACAACAAUUUAGUUGAUAAAAUUCUCAAGCGACACAAUGAACUUUAAUUAACCUUACAUUGAACAUUUUCUAUUUUCAAUUAGCAAUUUAAGGUCUUUCCAAAGGAUAAUACAAAAAUCAACUGCAAUUAAUUUUCCAAUUUUAUACACAAUUAACUAAAUUGAAUCUCAAAUCAACUGUAAAUCCAGUUUUAUGUGUGAAAUAUUAGUCAACCGAUUUACCUUUUCUUUACCAUUGAGAAGCAAUUAAUUGUUCACAAAUUACAAUGAAUAAUUUACUUUUCUUUACUCCCUGAUUGUUAAUUAGUAACCCCAACAAUUAAAAGCACAAAAAAUGUAAACUAAUCUUUUCAAGGUUUAAAUUAACAAUUAAAGGUUAUGAUUACUAAAAGUAAUCAUUUCAAUCUUAA